UUGUCAUUCUCUUUCUAAUAUUUCUUGUCAUUCAUUAUCUGUUUUUUAAUCCUUGUUGUUCUUUCAGAAAAGGGAUCAUUUUGCAGAAAUGGACCUGGAUUCCUGUGAGGCAGAGAGGCCUCCGUUGGACACCAGAGAGAGGCCACUGGGAGACAGAAUGAUGCUGGCAGGACCUUCUGAUCCACUUUUUCAUGGGAGCAGAAGGGAAGCAGUGGCUGUGGAACCAGAUCAGGGUCCAGUGUGCUUUGAUGAUGUUGCCAUUCAUUUCACGGAUGAGGAGUGGGAGUUGCUGGAUCUUGACCAGAGAGCUCUGCAUAAAGAAGUCAUGGAGGAGAAUCGUGGGAUCAUGGCCUCUCUUGGCCUGGUUCUCCUUCUGAUCUAUGGUCUCCCAAAUCUUUCCUGUACCUUCUCCAGAAUUUUUCGGCAUCUGAUUUGUCCCUACAUCUGUGAUUCUUCUCUUUGUAAGAGAAUGAAAUCCCCUGUGGGAAUUCCCAUCUGUAGGGAAUUGUUGUUUCCCAAAGCAUUUGUAAAGAAUUUAUAAUUGGUUCUCUUCUUCAGCCGUCUCAGUGGUAUUUCUUUCAAUAUGAUAAUGUUCUGUUCCUCAAUACAUAAUCUUCUUUUGAAUUUCAAUUGUAAUAUUCUGUCUUUAAUUCCUCUUGAGUUGAAUGUUGUCAAACAGUCUCCUGGCAGAUUUUUUGCUUUUGAGAAACUUGAUUGAAUUCUGAAGACUUUUUCAAUUGUACAAUUAACAACUUCUUGUAAUUCUAGCCAAUUUGGCAGUUCUUUUACCAUUUUAUCUCUUUGUGUCUUCCUCUGCCAUUUCUGAAAUCCCUCUAAAUCUCAAACCCUAAAAUAUGCAGAGGAAAGGAUAAAUAUGGAACCGGGGGGGGGAGUCCAUGGGUUUGAGAGAAUGCUAUAUAUCUUACUAUUUAUAUUUGAUUGUCUAUGUAAAAAU